AGGAUGGUUCCAAGAAAGGUGAUAGCAACUCUUCUGCUCCUCUGCAUGAUAGCCAUGUUGGCUAAAGAGAGUGAAGGUUACCUUGCCUUCUAUAGUCGUGAAGAUUUCAGAAGAAUGCAGGAGAAAGAGAAGAACCAAGCACAGAAGAAAUCGCUUGACACAAGAGAUUUUUUUGAAUUUGCAGAAGAUGAAGGGCAAGUAAUCAAGAUGAUUGCUCCAGUAGAAAUUGGAAUACAUCUGAAUUCCAGACAGUUGGAAAAAUACCAAGAUGUCUUGAAAGAGCUCCUAACAGAGAUGUUGUCAGAUACUAAGAAUGGGACUACAGAAAUUGUAAAAUUGGCCUUUCUCUUUCCUUGGAAGUUAUCUUAGUCAUGAGAUUUCAGGAAUACCUUGUGUCUUGUGUCACAUACAAGGUAGUGUGUAGGCUCUGUGCUUUUUUGAAGAAAUAAAUAUCCCCACCCCACCCCACCCCAAAAUAAUACACUGCUAGAAAACAUGUAUUGAAGUUUGCAUUAGCAUAAAAGUUAGGAAUACUGUAGAUCUGUAUCAGUAGUGCAAAGGCCCUGUGCUUUGGAAGCUUCUCAGCUAUUAGAAAUCAUACGGCUGAUGAAGGACAAUUUUACUGUCAGUUUUUAUCUUCUGUACUGCAUUUCUAGGUAAUUUUAGACAACUUUUACUAAAGUUACAGGAAAAUUUAAAACCUGUGAUUACAGUGCCUUAUGACUUGAUAUAUUCUCCUUCAAAGUAGAUACUGCAUUUUCUCACUGAAAUUGUUACCAAAUUUAGAAAUCAGUUGAACUAUAAGCUUGCAAGUAGCUACAGAUUGUAUAUAAAUUUGAUAAGGAAAUACAAUAAAAUAUGAUUAUCUUUCA